UUUCUGUUGACAGCAGAACCGGUCCCACUGGAUUUGGAGCCCUUGAUGAGAUUCUGUCUGCCACUCCUUCCAUCAGCUAUUUACAUCCGCUGACAAAAUAAAUUGACUACCUUUGUUUUUACCAAUCUCUUAAAUUUCAAAGCUAAUGUGACUGUACUUAAAAAAAUAUCAAUAUUACAAAAUGUAAAAUAAGCUGUAAUUAAGUGUACAUAUCCAAGUGUAAAACCUAAUUAGAUGCCUUUCAAUUCCCCAAUAUGAGCACGCCUUGAUAUGCUCUGCGGAAAUGCCCCCCACCCUUUUCUUGAUACGCUUGGAUGCCUCACUCAGCACACCUCCUUAAACCUUGCAGGUGACCGGAACCUCAUUUCUAUCAAAGUUGGUGAUCUCUUUCGUCCUGACAAUGGAUCCUGGGCAGAAGCUGCCUCCGUCGAAUUCUACCUCCCAGGCCAUGCUAGAAUUUCGAUUCCAACUUAUUGGCCUAUGUUUUGGCUUCUAUGCUUCUGUCUUGCUCUUCUUUCACCUGCUGUCUUCAACACUCUCGCACGUGUACAACACCUUGCAAGCUAAACAGAAGUUCUACUGGAACCAUUUAGCUACCCGUUCAGUGUUCGGCAUCCAGAGUUUAGUAGCUGGUUUAACAGCACUCACUUGGGAUUCUGAGUUCAGCAGAGACAUCAUGAGGGGACAGGAGAACUGGUCGUGGUCCAUGAUCUUCACCACCGCAGGCUACUUUCUCUUUGAGAAUGUAGCAUUUCACACCUACAAUUUGGUGUUUCGGUCAUUUGACCUUGCCCUGGCAAUUCAUCAUUUAUACGCGUUGUCAGUAUUUUUUUGCCUGGCAUUCAUAUCGGAUUCCGGUGGCCACUAUGUGCCAGUCGUGGCUCUCCUGCUGGAGAUGAGCACGCCGUUCAUCUGCAUAUCCUGGAUGCUUCAGAAGGUCGGAUGGGGCAAGAGUCAACUUUGGAAAGCCAACCAAUGGGUGAUGAUCCACACGUUCCAUAUUCGCAUGGUCGUCACCUACUACAUUUGGUGGGUAUGCUUAAGCCACUGGGCAGCAGUCAACAACAACUAUCCCCUGACCUUACGCCUCAUCUUCUAUAUUGGCCUGACUCUGCUCACCGUUAUCAUUAAUCCAUUUUGGACCUACAAGAAGACCAUGCAACUGUUCAACUCUCUUGCCUGGAACUUUGACCAUAAAAUGGAACCUGUAAACAUUACAGGGGAUCAAGCUGAUGUUUCUGUCAAACCCCAUGCAAGCUGAGGAGUAGCAAGGACGUUGCUUUCCCUCAUUUUAUAAAUGGCUUCCUUACAAUUUAAGUUGACUUAAACUGUGAAAUAAAAAAAAAAACGAUUUAUUUUUAGUUUGUGCGAACUCUGCUCGCAUUUACAUGCUUUCCACUUCAUCAUUUGGGUGCUACUUGAUAAAAUGAUUCAACUGGCUUGUUGUAUUGACUUGUUUUUAACGACGUACCUUGCACAAAUGCUUCCUCCUCCACGUCGCUCUGGAAAUACCUCCACAAAAGCCUUGGAAGAAGUGUCUUUUGUCAAAAUUCUUUCAUCUUCAAGUCAUGGCUUCACAUUCGCUGCGCAUUCAGUUGAAUAGAAUAACUAUUAUUAUUUGCGUGCGUGCAUGAAUAACAGUAAAGAUUACAGUAUCAAUUUGCAUGA